AUGGCAAAACUGAUCAUCCACGAGACCAGCCUCGCUGGCAAAACAGUUAUCAUCACAGGAGGGAACUCUGGACUUGGUUGGGAAUUUGCACGGCAAUCCCUGAUAUUAAACGCGUCGCGUGUAAUCAUCACUACCCGUUCCAAGGAUAAGGGGAUUGCAGCCAUCGAAGCUCUGCGAGCGGACCCUAUCGUUCAAUCCAGUAACGCUACUGGAAAAUUGGAACUCUUUGAUCUAGAUCUCGAUGACUACCAAUCUGGGAUUCAUUUCACUCAAAGUGUGAAGCAAGAGGUGGCCGAACUUGAUAUUCUUCUCUGCAACGGAGGCACAAAUCAAUUUCGCUACGAACUGAGCAAAAGUGGCCAUGAGCGAAUUAUGCAAGUGAACUCUUAUACCCAUUUCUUGAUUGUGCUGUGCUUGCUCCCUCUUUUGAAGGCGACUGCGGCAAAGCGAGACUCUCCGUCCAGAGUGACAUUCCUGAGCUCAUUCAGUCAUACUCAACAUACACUUGAGAAGAACACGAUUGGUGAAGAUGAGAGUAUUCUUGCGUAUCAUGAUAGCAAGGAGAACUUCCAUGGACGGCGCCAAUAUCAGAACAGCAAACUCGCGAUAAAUGCUUUCGCUCAACGUCUAGCAACCACUAUAUCUCCAUCGGAGGUUAUUGUGAAUACUCCGAUCUUGUACCUGUAUUUCAAGGUCAAAGGUCGUGACCCAUUUGUGGGUGGUCAAAUUCUGAUCAAUGCUGUGGUCUCUGGCAAAGAAAGCCAUGGAAAAUAUCUAGAGCUGGAUAAGAUUAGCCGUGGCGCGCUCUUCUUGACUCGAUCAGCAGGAAAGAACUACAUUGAGAGGCUUUGGAACGAAAUUCUCGAGGAAUCAAUCAAAGCCAACCCGGAAGUGAAAGGAAUAUCCUGA